AUGAAUUUGGAUGAGGAAGAACAACCAUCAUAUGAAUCUAUUAUCAUAAAGAUGUUGACAGGAGUGGUCAAAUUGAUCACAUGCGUCAGUUUGACUCACGGUGAGGGCGGAGGUAGGCUGAGAGUGGUGCAGCGAGGGAGAAAUGGGGUUAGAGAGGCUGGAGAGGGGAGGGUGAGACCGCGGAGCCUAGGGCCAGCUCGCGGUGGUUUGGGGCAAGUGCACGGAGGUGGCGAAGGAUGGGAUCCAAAGGAGAGGAAGGUUGGUUUUGGGGAAAGAGAUGGGAAAAGAUUGAGAGUGGGGGGCUGGGAAAUUUCGGUGAAGGUGGGGGAGAAGAGAGUGAGUGAGAGUGUGGCUGAGGAUAGGAUCCAGAGGCAUCGUCUAGAUUUUCUUAGAAUGACAUGA